UCUAAGGUGAUGUAUCACUGUUACAUGGGGACUGGGGAAACUCCAUUUCUAAGGUGAUGUAUCACUGUACAUGGGGACUGGGGAAACUCCAUUUCUAAGGUGAUGUAUCACUGUACAUGGGGACUGGGGAAACUCCAUUUCUAAGGUGAUGUAUCACUGUACAUGGGGACUGGGGAAACUCCAUUUCUAAGGUGAUGUAUCACUGUACAUGGGGACUGGGGACUUUCUGGCAUUUUAAAACAACAUCAGUGUCCUGGGAAUCAGUUUAAACAGUCCAAUUCAGUUUGGACUCCAGGAUAGGAGCAAUAAUCACUAAUAUAGAAUAUAAUACAAUCCAUUUUGAGGGAUUACUUUGUAAGGUUUCAUCAGUAAGUGAAUUCUGCUCUUUUCCAUUAGAGCCAGAUGUGAGAUUAUGAAAUGCAUUCCAAAUGCCCCUCCUAUUCCCUAUUUAGUGCACUACUGUUGACCAUAAGUCCCUGAUUAAAAGUAGUGCACUACUGUUGACCAUAAGUCCCUGAUUAAAAGUAGUGCACUACUGUUGACCAUAAGUCCCUGAUUAAAAGUAGUGCACUACUGUUGACCAUAAGUCCCUGAUUAAAAGUAGUGCACUACUUAAGGAAUAGGAGGUCAUUUGGGAUGCAGUAAGCAGACUUCACCUCACGUCUGUUUUAACCAGUUCAGGGUUGUGACCCACAAAUGGGAAACGUGACUCGUGUUACGGCUCCCAUUCCCCUGCCGGGAUAUCUUAGUCAGAUCACCUCGUAUCAUUUCCUGGCAACAUGUCAUUUCAGAUAGUUGUUGCUAACAUUUUGUUCAUUUCCUUGAACAUCCUCAAAGCGACUGAAACAAGAAUUAAAUUCCAACAUAUGUCUGACUGACAGGAAGAGAGCACCUACACAUUUCCUGAUCCGGAGACAGACAGAACAAUCUUCUACCCACAAUACCUUGGUGCUAUUAGAAACACAUAUGACUUUUGACUUCUCGGAAGGGGGAGCAGUUGUUACGUGGUUUCCAUGGUUUCCGCCAAGCAGUUGUUAUUGUUGUUGGGGAUCCUCUCCCAUUUCUUCCUGCUCCUGUGCCUGACUCUAAACGGUUGAAGUAAUCUAACACCCCUCUCCUCAUGUCUCCUUCAGAAAGCUGUCUGUCUCUCUCCAUCUCCUCAUGUCUCCUUCAGAAAGCUGUCUGUCUCUCUCCAUCUCCUCAUCUCCUCAUGUCUCCUUCAGAAAGCUGUCUGUCUCUCUCCAUCUCCUCUUCUCCUCAUGUCUCCUUCAGAAAGCUGUCUGUCUCUCUCCAUCUCCUCAUGUCUUCUUCAGAAAGCUGUCUGUCUCUCUCCAUCUCCUCUUCUCCUCUUGUCUCAUUCAGAAAGCUGUCUGUCUCUCUCCAUCUCCUCUUCUCCUCAUGUCUCCUCCAGAAAGCUGUCUGUCUCUCUCCAUCUCCUCUUCUCCUCAUGUCUCCUUCAGGAAACUGUCUGUCUCUCUCUAUCUCCUCUUGUCUCCUCAGAAAGCUGUCUGUCUCUCUCCAUCUCCUAUUGUCUCCUCAGAAAGCUGUCUGUCUCUCUCCAUCUCCUAUUGUCUCCUCAGAAAGCUGUCUGUCUCUCUCCAUCUCCUCUUGUCUCCUCAGAAAGCUGUCUGUCUCUCUCCAUCUCCUAUUGUCUCCUCAGAAAGCUGUCUGUCUCUCUCCAUCUCCUCUUCUCCUCUUGUCUCAUUCAGAAAGCUGUCUGUCUCUCUCCAUCUCCUAUUGUCUCCUCUGAAAGCUGUCUGUCUCUCUCCAUCUCCUCAUGUCUCCUUCAGAAAGCUGUCGCUCUCUCUCCAUCUCAUCAUGUCUCCUCAGAAAGCUGUCUGUCUCUCUCCAUCUCCUCUUGUCUCCCCAGAAAGCUGUCUGUCUCUCUCCAUCUCCUCUUGUCUCCACAGAAAGCUGUCUGUCUCUCUCCAUCUCCUCUUGUCUCCUCGGAAAGCUGUCUGUCUCUCUCUAUCUCCUCUUGUCUCACUCAGAAAGCUGUCUGUCUCUCUCCAUCUCGUCUUCUCCUCUUGUCUCAUUCAGAAAGCUGUCUGUCUCUCUCCAUCUCCUCUUGUCUCCUCAGAAAUCUGUGAAGAAGCAGUCAAGCUGUAUAAAUUCAAAUAAUUUAAUAAUAAUAAUAAUUAAAUAAUAUUCAAAAGUUACAAAACAGAUGCGUUUGAUUAAUUGUUAUCAAACCUAGAUAAAACUAAACAACAUUUGAAAAAGUAUUAACUGAAAUGCUCUACCUACCGCUGCUAUAUCCUUCUGUUGAUCUCCUCUCCUCCUUGAAAUGUCUCUCUCCAUCUCCUCUUCUAUUUGAUCUCUCUGUCUAUUUUGCUAAAACCUCCUCGUGGCAUAUAGUCUCAGUACGCUACCUCUGAUAGCAGAUACAAGCACCAGUCACCAGGCAGACACUGGGCUAGUCAUACCAAAUGGGCACGAGAGAAAUAACACGACUAAAACCCAAAGUUGAAGCGCAUACAGCUGCAGACCUCAUAAUAAAUAAAAACCUAAAUGAAUUCCGAUUAAUAAAAUACAAAUAAUAAAUAAAUAAAAACAGUUUGUUACUUUCCUUUGUUGCUUGUCAAAUGUAUAUUAGAAUUACAUUGAAAGUUUGAUUUGUUGAGUACCACAGAUACAAUUUGAAAAUGUUGAUGCUGAUUUGAAACGGAAGGUGUUAUGACUCAAGCGGUGGUCACAGCCAACGAUGAACCUCGUUUUUCUCCCCUCUCCUCCUUCCUUCUCACGUUCUCUGUUGUAAGACAUGCCAGACUGCUUGUCAAUGUCGGUUCAGGUGAAUUCAUGGAGUUUCAAUUUCAAAAACAUGGAACUGCAUUCAAAAUAAUUAAAGUCUAGUGAAUUUUA